UGAUACAAAUAUAAAUAAGGCUAUGUAACAGAAAAAAAAUCAAAAUUAUAAUCAAUCAAUCAAAAUAGAAAAAGCAAAUCAAAAAUACAAAUGAAUAAUACUAGAGUUGUUUUCCUAUUUAUCACUUCUGUCAUAUCAUUGGUCUUAUUUGUAGUCCUCGUUAUGCAGGGUGCACCAUGGAAUAAUAUACAAAUAUUUAUACUAUCAGUAAUAAUAAUAAUAUUGAUUGCCAGUUUAGUUGGUUUUAUAUUUGCCGCUAUACGUAAUUAUUGUUGGACAACAAAUAUAUCAUAUGGUAAUCCAACACCAACAACAUUAUAUACAAAUCCACCACCAAUUGGUUCAGCUGAAGCAGAAUUUCAAAAUGAAUAUAUACCAGUAUUUCCAAUGAGACAAUUACAGCCACGUGUUGAUCUUGAUAAGCCUUAUUAAAUUUGAAAUAAUCAAAUGAUGAUGAUGAUCAUGUGUUGAAAUAAAUGACCAAAAAAGAAAAGAUUAAA